CAAGGAAGUGAAUACAGCCAGGGCCUGAGCGUCAACUGUGAAGUGAAAGGAGCAGGUUAGAGCACAGAGAGCAGGGCAGCUGUGCUAAGGAAGUGCUAGCUAGCUAACGUCAUCACUGGCUGUGCUCUCCGCAGCAGAGAGAGAAACAAAGAGUGACAGAAAGCGAACAAAACUGGAGAGCCUGCCACACAGAUAUACCAGUGAGUACACAUUGGGAACCAAGCUUCACACGGGGUGUCCUUCACUUACCCCCCUACUCACCCUACUCAGACCCACUACAAUGACAGACGAAAGGGAACACUGGAGAGGAAGUGGAGGACCUGAUGAGGACAAGCUACCGCAGAUGGAUGGGUCAUGUGAUGCGUGUGACCCUGAUGAGGCCCAGCCGGCGACCCAGGUGUGUCACACCUGCAGCUUCGCCUUCUGCCCUGCCCAUGCCGAGAAACACGCCUGCAGCACACGACACCAGCUGAUGCCCUACGGCCAGGAAGUGUUGCAGCCCCAGUCCCAACGGCUGGGCAGGGACAGAUACACAAAGGAGGGGGCAGGGGAGGAAAGGGUACAGGGAAUGAGGCCUGCGGCAGAGCCAGGGGUGGUGGAAAAUGGGGCAUGCGGUGGGGCUGGGAUACAAGAAAACGGUGUGUGUGGAGGAGAGAGAGACCAGGGGAAGGGGAAGGUUGAUGAUGAAGAGGCAGUGGCGGCUCUAGAGGGGGUUAGUAAGAGGGACACAGUGACAGUGGAGAGGCUGCACUGUAAGGAGCAUGGCCAGGAGGGCACUCUCUAUUGCAAGGCUGACGAGAAGGUCAUCUGUGUGGUGUGCGCCGUGCAGGGGGAGCACCGCGAACAUGAGAUCAUCACCCUGCGCGAGGCCUACGUCUGGCAGAAGAGCAGGGAUGGUUACGACCUGCUGGGCUGCACACAGAACAUGGCUGACCACAUCAAGACCAAGUGGACCAACCCUGAGAUGUCUACAGAGCAGUUGGAGGCGUAUGUCAACAGUCAGUUUGAUGACCUCUACCGGCUGGUUCGUCUGGAGGAGAAGAGGACCCUCCACCUGGUUGACCUGAAGGAAGCCUUCCUGACUGCCGCCGCCGCUGAGAAUAUCGCUGAGAUCACCAUCCACACCAAGCGGCUCCAGGAGGAGAUGGCCUGCAUCACACAGCAAUUGGGCCAGCUGGACCAGGCUGGGGCACAGCCUGGGGCCGCAUUAGCAGCCCUAGCCCAGGGAGGAGCACCUGGCCUGAGCCCCAGACCAGCGCAGCGCAACAUUGAGGCCAGGCCAAGACUCCCUGAGCCGAGACGAGACCCCAGGGACUACGGAGAGGGCAGUUCCGGAUCCUCAAUGGGACACGCCCCCUGACAAAUCACCUCCCACACCGCUCUCUCCUCCUACCUCUCUCCAGGAGACCAACACUAGACAGAGUCUCCUUUCCUCUGCAUGUCUGCUGACGUUGGAGUGACCUUGAAGAAGGCUGCUGGUGGUGUAACAAAAUGGAUCUUAUUGCUUUCAGAACUUUUAAAACUACAAUAACUAUUUUAAUUGAGGAGCAUGAUAUCCAUGCAAUCAAUUUCCGUCAGGCUCAGUUUUCACACCCACUCAGAUCCUUGGCUGGUGAGCUUGGCUUAGAGAGGACUGUGGGUAGGAAAGCAUAGCGGCUGAGUGCCUGCUGAAACCCAACUGAAUAGAACAUGAAAUCCUGAAUGUGACGCGCUGUGCUUUACUUUAAUUUCUUCUGUAUAUUUUGCUUUGACAAGCAGCGUUGAAAAUAGAAAAGUUGACUGGUGACAGGACUUAGAUCAGAGGAGGAAUAUAGAAUGUACAGGACAAGGUGGGUGUUCCUGUUUUAUACUCUAAAGGGAAAUGAAUUACAGGUGUCUCGAAAAUCUUCCUUGAUGUAUAAACACAACCUAGCACUCACCUCUCAUCUCCUCUCCUCUUCUUCUUCUACAAAUUCUCCCCACUCCCUCCUCUUGUGUGUGUGUUUGUCAGAUCAAUCAGAUGAAGCAUUGACACAUAAUUCAUUUCUGAGAGCCUCGGAGUACAUGCUAGGUGAAAAUCAAAGUGUAUUUUGCCUGUAUGUAAUAUUCCUCUGUGCAGUGUCAGCAUUCUCUAAUACCACGCCUCAUUACCCGAGACAAUCUGCACAGACAGUACAGUCCUGACUCCUGAUGACUAACUUCACGCAGUACUGUCUUACUCCAUCAUGUCUUUCCAUAUUCACAUACAGAGGGUGUGUGUGUUUGUGUUUUGUUUGUGAUGUGAUCUAGAGACACGUCUUAAUGUGAAAGGAGAAGGUGACCUUUGACCUAAUCAAUAUGACUUGAGUUGUGAACAAGACUCAGCCCUACCCAAUGGGAUCAUGUUAUUUUGUAGCAGUCAUAUAAUGAUUUCUAGAAAAAGAUGCAUUGAUUGUUUCUAUUCAGCAAUAAUGGUAAGAGUAAAGAGGGUGAAAGGAAAAUAGUCAAGACAUUAAAAUGUUUUAAUUUUUGUUGUUGCCUUAAAUUAAUUAAUAAAUGAAAUUACAGAUAAUGGUUUCAGAAGCCUAUUGUCUCCCUUAGUAAUGUGUUACGCAAGCUGAGUCCUCUGAAGAGGUGUCUUCCAGUCCCAUAUCAAUCAAAUGUAUUUAUAAAGCCCUUUUUAGCUCAUGUCACAAAGUACUGUACAGAAACCCAGCCUAAAACCCCAAACAGCAAGCAAUGCAGAUGUAGAAGCACGGUGGCUAGGAAAAACUCGCUAGAAAGGCAAGAACCUAGGACAAAACCUAGCGAGGUACCAGGCUCUGAGGGGUGGCCAGUCCUCUUCUGGCUGUGCUGGGUGGAGAUUAUAACAGUACAUGGCCAAGAUGGGCAAACAUUCAUAGAUGACCAGCAAAGUCAAAUAAUAAUAACCACAGUGGGUGUGGUUGUGGACAUUAGUUCUUCCGGCGCCGACAGAGAUGGCCGCCUCGCUUCGCGUUCCUAGGAAACUAUGCAGUUUUUUGUUUUUUUACGUGUUAUUUCUUACAUUAGUACCCCAGGUCAUCUUAGGUUUCAUUACAUACAGUCGAGAAGAACUACUGAAUAUAAGAGCAGCGUCAACUCACCAUCAGUACGACCAAGAAUAUGACUUUUGCGAAGCGGAUCCUGUGGUCUGCCUUUCACCCAGGACAACGGAAUGGAUCCCAGCCGGCGACCCAAAAAAACGACUUCGUAAAAGAGGGAAACUAAGCGGUGUUCUGGUCAGACUCCGGAGACGGGCACCACUCCCCAGUAUACUUCCCGCCAAUGUCCAGUCUCUUGACAACAAGGUUGAUGAAAUCCGAGCAAGGGUAGCAUUCCAGAGGGACAUCAGAGACUGUAACGUUCUUUGCUUCACGGAAACAUGGCUCAAUGGAGAGACACUAUCGGAGUCGGUGCAGCCAGCUGGUUUCUCCACGCAUCGCGCCGACAGAAACAAACAUCUUUCUGGUAAGAAGAGGGGCGGGGGCGUAUGCCUAGUCACAAAAACAUACAGGAACUAAAGUCCUUCUGUUCACCUGAUUUAGAAUUCCUCACAAUCAAAUGUCGACCGCAUUAUCUACCAAGGGAAUUCUCUUCGAUUUUAAUCACAGCGGUAUAUAUUCCCCCCCAAGCAGACAGAUUGAUGGCUCUGAACGAACUUUAUUUGACUCUUUGCAAACUGGAAUCCAUACAUCCUGAGGCUGCAUUCAUUGUAGCUGGGGAUUUUAACAAGGCUAAUCUAAAAACAAGACUCCCUAAAUUGUAUCAGCAUAUCGAUUGCGCAACCAGGGCUGGCAAAACCUUGGAUCAUUGCUAUUCUAACUUGCCCCGCCCUCUUUUCGGAAAAGCUGACCACGACUCCAUUUUGUUGAUCCCUGCCUACAGACAGAAACUAAAACAAGAAGCUCCCACGCUGAGGUCUGUCCAACGCUGGUCCGACCAAUCUGAUUCCACACUCCAAGACUGCUUCCAUCACGUGGACUGGGAUAUGUUUCGUAUUGUGUCAGACAACAACAUUGACGAAUACGCUGAUUCGGUGUGCGAGUUCAUUAGAACGUGCAUUGAAGAUGUCGUUCCCAUAGCAACGAUUAAAACAUUCCCAAACCAGAAACCGUGGAUUGAUGGCAGCAUUCGGGUGAAACUGAAAGCGCAAACCACUGCUUUUAAUCAGGGCAAGGUGACCGGAAAUAUGACCGAAUACAAACAGUGUAGCUUUUCCCUCCGCAAGGCAAUCAAACAAGCUAAGCGUCAGUAUAGAGACAAAGUAGAAUCUCAAUUCAACGGCUCAGACACAAGAGGUAUGUGGCAGGGUCUACAGUCAAUCACGGAUUACAAAAAGAAAACCAGCCCCGUCACGGACCAGGAUGUCUUGCUCCCAGGCAGACUAAAUAACUUUUUUGCCCGCUUUGAGGACAAUACAGUGCCACUGACACGGCCUGUGUUACGGAUACAGUUAUCCUGUGUGUGUGUAUCCUGUGUGUGUGUUUCUUUUCUCUCCUUCUCCCCUCACAGGUGAAAAUCAUCACUCCCCAAUCAGUCAACAAUCAAUCAUCAAUCAGAAGACACACCUCCUCCUACUUCCUACCCUAUCACAGUUCCUUCCCCAUGGUUUAAAAACCCCAUCAUUUGUUUGCUCUAGAGCUCAAUCUCUAGAGCAAUCUCUCUGUAAAUGCCAUGUCUGUAGGUCUCUGUGUUUCACUCUCGCUUUGUGUCGUAACCUCUCUUUUGUUUAAGCACCUCAUAGCACUUUGUCAUCACCUGUGAGUAUUUUUUUUGGUUAUGGUGUUUGUGUGUUGCUGGUGGGAAAAGGGGGAAACCAAGACAAGUCGCCCAUGGGCAUACACUACCCGUAGGUGAACUUUGUUAAAUACACUAGUUAGAACUGGGCGGACCACCCACUGUAUUUUUGGUUAGUUAGUUAGCUGUUGUUAAAGUAGGCUAGUCUAGCUUAGGGGUGUUUUGGAUGCUUAUUGUUUCUUUCCUUGGGUCCAGCUCAGCCCCUUUUCCUGCUCCCCCCAUUACUGUGUGUUUAUAAAUAAACCUAGAGUUUGACGGUA